UUUUCAAUGUAUAGCUUAUUAUAUUUAUUUAUACAAUACAUUGUAAUGAACUUAGCGUUAUACACGAAACAAUAAAUACAUAAAGUAAACGUGAGUUUUAUUUUCACAUAGGUACAGUAAUUAUUUUAUCUACAAAUGAAUUUCCCUGCCUACCUAUAUCCAGAUUGUCAAUUGUUUACAUUUUCAGGGACGAGUUGUGAAAUCGACUUGGCUGUGUGCAAUUCAACUGGAGAAAUACUAUGCAAAAACGGCGGCGAGUGCAUCGAAGGACCCGGUGUGUCAUUUUCGUGUAACUGCUCGCCAGGAUGGAAUGGGUGGACUUGCGAGGACGAAAUCGAUCAGUGUGACUCUCGUCCGUGCAAGAACGGCGGCGUGUGCAUCAACAGGCAGACAGCGUAUUCGUGUGCUUGUCUUUUUGGUUAUACGGGCCGCGACUGUGACGUGGCACUUCGUUUGUGCGAAGAACACGAGUGCCAAAAUCACGCGCUUUGUUUAAUCGAGGACCAGACGUCGGUUUGUUACUGUGUCCCGGACUACCACGGGAAGUUUUGCCAAUAUCAAUACGACGAGUGCCAACUAGGAAUAAG